UUUUUCUGGUCAAGGUAAAGCUCCCACGGUCGCCCUUCAUUUACAGCUUCAGUUGCUUCCUUGGCUACAUCGACCUGAGCUUGAAUCUGGGUCCUUUACCAACCACCAUGUCAUUGCCAUCAUCCUCCGCUUUGGAGCCAGCUGCGUAUCGUCCCGUGGUGCUUCGCAAGAGACGAGGGACGUUGUUGGCGAAUAGCGACUGUUUGACGUUUCGUGCGGACGACCAUGGUGAAGAAGGACAGGAAAAAGAGCAGCGGUGGAAGUGGCUGGAACUGGACAAGAUGUCAAUGAACAUGGAAGGAUCUGGCAAAGAGCUUCUUCGUUUGACUCGUACUGUGUUUGGUGAAAAGCCAUUGUUGUUUCAUUUCUCGAGUCGAGUCGAGUUGUUGGACGCCAAACGCACAUUGAAAGACUUUUUGAAACAGUCAAGACAACAACAGCUAAGUUCACAAGACGACGCAAUGCAGGACGUGAGUGUGGCAUGGCGCGACGACAGUGCAUCCAACAUGCUGUGGGACGCUGAUCUGCGGUCCUCUUCAACGCACUCUUCAUUGAGAGCGAGCAGUAAUCACACUACUCCAAUGUUGUCGCCGGUUCAGGAAGACGAACGACAACCGCAGUGGCUUCAAGACAUGGUGGCCAGGUCGACAUCACAAAAUGAACAGAUCACUCCAAAGGCUACUACAGAACGAACGUUCACCGUGACCGAAUCGAGUCUACGCCGAAUGGUGCAAGAAAUGAUUGCGCAAGACAUGACCGCCGUUCAUCGAAGAGUCUCCUCCGUAGAAGCUGCCGUUCAGCGACAACCAACUGCACCACUGCAUGCACGAAACCACAAGGGCUUUCUAGCACAACCAGACGAAGAACAAGCACCGCCACCGUUUUGUCGUCAAAAGAGUGAUGGAUCCGGUCACACUGCCGAUACCACCCGCCGCAGUUCGUCCUUGGGAUUGCUCCCCCCGGAAGUCUUUCAGGACGAACCAACGGAAGAAACAGAGGACAUUGCACUCACCGCAUCUACAAAAUAUCGAAUGCAAUACCCACUCGAUCGAAACGUCAGUACUGUGGCAACUCUGGACGAAACCGAGUGGCAUACACCCUACGGAGAAUCUACCUACACCAUUCUCUAUCUCUGUUCCGUCAAUGAUCAAGCCUUUUGGUACGGGAUCUUUAUCUAUGUCCUCCAACUAUCCGUCAUUCUACUGACUCUGGUCGACAUUAUUGACUUUGAGACCACUUCCAAUCCACUCGGGUUGCCGCCCAUGGUAGACUUGACUGUUACCAUUGCACAAGCCAUUACACUCUUUCUCGCCGUCGCCUACCAAUCCGACAUGAUUGAAUCCGUACUCAAAUUACACGACGGAUACUACUUGGAGUUGCGAGAACAACAUCCCGGCGCGACUUAUGGAAAAUGGUUAUUCUCCGCCACGGCGCAAUUCAUCUCCGGGGCACUGCUGUUGGCCACCAUUUACGUCCUUACCAUGCAAGUCGACAGUGUGUUGAGUAUCAUGCUCAAUUUUGCCGCCUUGCAUUUCAUGCAAGACGUCGAUGACCUAGGAUUCUUUAUUGCCAAGUCGGGAUUUGUGACCUGUCAAAUACAAGAACAAGCCGAAGCGGUGGUCGAUAUGAAGGUACCCAAACGAGAAAAUUCUACCGUUCUACGACGAUUACUCUACGGUGUCACACUCAUUGGACUUUGUGGCGGAUAUAUAUGGCACAAGAGUCAGCAACUCGAAGGAGACUACUUGCAGUCCUACGUUUUUGUCCAAUUUGGAGAUGCCUACAAUCCCAAGUUGCCCUAUUACAGUGGACUCUUUCGUUCCGAGGAAGGUCGGACGCCGGGGUAUCGACGCUAUCGCGAUGUCAUUACGCAACAAAUAUUGCUAGGGUAUUGCGUCCAAGAAAAGGCAUGGACGUUUUCCGAAAACACGAGCAACGAUCCCUGUCAUGACUUUUUUGCACGGUCCGAAACAACCAAAACAUACGAUGUCACUUCCGUGGCAUCGAGUCCCUGGAAUGUUCAAGAUCGACACGAACGAUUACAUCCCUUUGAUUCGUUUAGUCUGGUGGGACGCGAUUGCGAUCCCGAUAUUUGUCGUGGGGAAUGCAUCGACAAGGUCUGUGUUUGUCCCUCCAAUUGGUUUGGCAUGGAUUGUGAAUUUGAAGAUGUCUGUCCGUCCAUGGUAUUGAACGGCAUUCUCGAACCGUUUCCCAAAUUGGAUGAUGCCGGAUCGCAGUUCCAACUCUUGCGCAACGAUCAAGGGGAGCUGGUGCGAGCGUACGGCAUGCCCGUGUAUUACUCGUACACACAGUGGCCCGCGACGCUCAUCUUUUUCGGUGGCCGACGAUGGAUCUUGUCGCAGGAAGAAGCAUUUGACAAUACCGACAACGACUUUUUCGAUAAUACCGACAUGGCCACGGAAGAGUUCCAAUGGAUGGCGCUGUGGGACAAGGUCAUGUCCAACGAAACGGCCAAGAUUCUCCAGCAGGAAUCCUUUCAUGGACAUUACAAUGCCUUUUACAAACCACUCUAUCUCAGUGACCCGGUGGAUUUUCAAACUCCCGAAUUUCAGCCAUCCCCCACUGGCUUGGGGUGGUCCCAAGCCAUUAUUGUGGAUGCCGAAAAGAGUUUGUUUGGAAUUGGACAUCCCUUGGAAACGGAAUUGAUUUGCCAAUCCUGUCUCAACAAGUACGGUGGAUACUGCGAUCCACUCGGGACCAAAAAUGGCACGUGUCAUGACGAAAUUGGAGAAUGCCAAUGCAAGCCUGGAUACUCGGGCGCCAGAUGUGAAGUUUUAAUGAAGUGUUAUGAACAAGAGCAUCCUUGUGAUGGUGGUAAGGGAGUCUGCGACGAAGUAUCGGGGGAAUGCCGAUGUCACGCACCUUGGUAUGGCGCCUUUUGCCAAGAGUCAUACAGCUGCGAUGAUACAGCAAGGGGCAAGUGUUUUAACCAAGGCACCUGUCAAGGUCAGCGCUGCGACUGCCCGUAUUCUCCACUGGUCGGCUCUUCGAACUGUGAAUAUCGCGAGGAUUGUACCGUGUUUGGAUGCAACAACGGAGGCGUUUGCAAUCCCGACAGCAAGGCAUGCGACUGUUCUCCUCCGUAUCAUGGUAUUGGCUGCAAUCUUGUCGAUCAGGCACUCAACGGAGGAAUUUGCUUGGUGGAUAGCGAUUGUCAAAACAAUGGUAGUUGCGACACCACAACGGGCCAAUGCGUCUGCAACGAUCCCAACACCCUGGGAGUCCUGUGCGAACUUCAGUACAACUGUAGUCAGAAUGGUUGCAAAAACAAUGGCGUUUGCAACGAGGCGACGGGGGUUUGCGAGUGCCCUACCCCAUUUUCUGGAAAAGACUGCACCGAUGCACCUGAUUGUCAAGUUGAUUCCGAUUGCCUUGGUCACGGAGGUCUGUGUGUAGGUGGUUUGUGUCAUUGCCAUAGCAGUGAGGAGGUCGGUAAACUCUGUGAAGAGUCCUGGGACUGUACGGUUGUGGGCUGCCACAACAACGGCGAGUGCCAAGUGUUCAGUCUUGGCAAUCAAACCGGUUCCUAUACAGAGUGUAUGUGCCCGCCAGGGUACGGUGGUAUGUUCUGCGAAUACGUCUUAGACAUCCAUUAAUGAAAUUAGAAAGAUGUUGCUCCAGCU